ACCGAUUAGAUUAGAGGCUUCAAAGAAGGGCCCAAAACCUAAACCCUAAUCUGAUUCGUUAGCGAUUAUGGCGUCUGAGAGCGCUUCUCGAUCGAGUUCCGCGGCAGAUUCCUACAUUGGGAGCUUGAUAAGCUUGACCUCAAAGAGUGAGAUCAGAUACGAAGGCAUUCUCUACAACAUCAAUACCGAAGAGUCCAGUAUUGGCCUCAGAAAUGUGCGAUCUUUUGGAACAGAAGGAAGGAAAAAGGAUGGUCCACAAAUUCCUCCAGGUGACAAGGUGUAUGAGUAUAUACUUUUCCGCGGGACUGACAUCAAGGAUUUACAGGUUAAAUCUUCUCCACCUGUCCAGCCUACUCCACAAGUCAACAAUGACCCAGCCAUUAUUCAGUCUCACUAUCCUGGCCCAGACCCCACAUCUACAGGUUUGCCUUCUGCUGUAAGUGGGUCUCUGACUGAUCUUACUACUCAUACCACACAGCUUGGACUUCCAGGGUCUAAUUUUCAAGGGCCUUUGCCUUUGUAUCAACCUGGAGCAAACAUAGGAUCGUGGGGAACUUCUCCACCUGCUCCAAAUGUAAAUGGUGGUGGGCUUGCCAUGCCAAUGUAUUGGCAAGGAUAUUAUGGUGCCCCAAAUGGGCUUCCUCAUUUACACCAACAAUCUUUGCUUCGACCACCACCUGGUUUAUCAAUGCCUUCAUCUAUGCAGCAGCAAAUGCAGUAUCCCAAUUUCAGUCCCUCUUUACCAACUGUAUCUUCUAAUUUGCCAGAAUUACCAUCAGCUUUGCUACCUGGUAGUACCAAUACCCCUAGUGUAACAUCUACUUCCUUGCCUCCAUUAAAUUUGCCUCCAGCACCUUCUGCUUUGCCUCCUGUGCCUUCUGCUAUAUCUCAUGCACCUUCUACUUUAUCCCCUGCACCUUCUGCUACAGUAGCCUCAGAAAUUUUGCCAGUAUCAGUAACAAACAAGGCACCCAAUGUUUCAACUUCAGCAGUGACACUAGCUGCCAACUUGCCAUCACUAACUUCACUGACCAACUCUGGUCCAGAUAUAAAUGCUACAGUGCCACUGGUCUCCAGCAAAUCGAAUGCAAUUUCAGGUUCAAGCUUACCCUAUCAAACUGUAUCCCAGUUGUCUCCUGCAGCUGUUGGAUCAUCGAGUACUAUCCUUACAGAAACGUCAACCCCUUCUCUGGUAACCCCAGGACAGUUAUUGCAGCCUGGACCAACUAUAGUUUCUUCUGCUCAGCCUUUGCAAAUUCCUCAUAAGGAUGUUGAAGUGGUUCAAGUAUCAUCAACAUCAUCUACUAAGCCAUCUCUGCCAGUUUCUGCUGAAACUCAACCACCAAUACUGCCAUUGCCAGUAACAUCACGACCCACUCUCAGGCCCGGUGGAGCUUCUACCCCAACACGUCAUGGCUAUAAUUUCAGAGGACGAGGAAGAGGAAGAGGAACUGGGGGCUUGCGCCCGGUGACAAAAUUCACUGAAGAUUUUGAUUUCAUGGCAAUGAAUGAGAAGUUCAAAAAGGAUGAAGUAUGGGGUCAUCUUGGUAAAAGCAGUAAGUCUCAUUCAAAAGAUAAAGAUGGGGAAGAAAAUGCUUUUGAUGAAGAUUAUCAAGAUGAGGACAAUGAUGAUUUAUCAAAUUUUGAUGUUAAGCCCAUUUAUAACAAGGAUGACUUCUUUGAUUCACUCUCUUCCAAUGUGCAUGAUAGUGCUUCACAGAAUGGAAGGACUAGAUACUCUGAACAAAUCAAGAUUGAUACUGAGACAUUUGGGGAUUUUAUGAGGCAUCGUGGGGGUCGGGGUGGCCGGGGCCCUGGCCGUGGUGGGCGUACACGCGGUGGUUAUUAUUAUGGAAGGGGAGGGUAUGGCUACUCUGGAAGAGGAAGGGGACGCGGCAUGCUUAGCCGCAGUUCUUGGGCGGAGAACAUGAGUUAAGGCAGUCUUCCAUUAAAACACUGUAAUUGUGUUAGAGACCAUGUUUCAUUGUUGUGUUCCUUCCGUUUACGUUUGUUUCACAGAAUAAGUAGGACAUUUUUUUUUCGUCAUGUUACUCCUCCACCAAAGUCUCUUGGUUUGAUGCAAAAAUGUAUGUACACCUUAUUUAAGUUUAUAGUGACAAUGGCAGAAAAGUUUAGACUACUUUAUUGCAGUAUAUUAUUGUUUAUGCAUGUAAGCAAUUUUUUAUGUGAAUUCGCAUUAUAAAUGCAAGUUGCAUUAUAAAACUAUACGUCAAAAUAAAGUUUUUGAUAAAGUGCCAU